ACGUGUAUCACUUCACGUGAUUAAAUCAAAGCUCUACCAGCGGUCCCCCACCCCCCCUUCAUCCUCCUCCUCCUCUCCCUCCAUGCGUCACCAGGAGAGAGAGUGAGGCCAAAGGUUUGGAGACGGAGUUGACAUUCAAAAUGCUUCACUCAAGAUCCGCGUGGUUCAUCAAACUAAUAGUUGAUUUCAGUAAAUAUUAGCAGGAAGGAAGGAGCGUUUGUUGACAUCUUUUGUUGCCUCCACAUGACAGAUUCAUAGUUUUUAUUACAAUGUUUCCCAGCCCAGGCACGUCCACUCCCUUCUCCGUCAAGGAUAUAUUAAACUUGGAGCAGAACCACGACGUCAUGGUGUCUUCUCUGGACAUUUCCCCUCGCAUGGACUGCUCCUCUUCCUCCUGCAUGAUGGCCCGUCUGAAGCAGGAGCCUCGCCGGGCCGCCGCCUCUCUGCUGCCCGGCGGAGGCAGCUUUGCUUCUGCCUUUUAUGGUAAAUCUCUGAUGGGAAUGGAAUCGGAGCGGAGUGGGAAAUUAGACGUGUUUGAGGAGAAACGAAGGAAAGAUGAUUUCAGUGCGCCAGCUGAACUCGUGGAGGACCUAAAGACCGAGGAUCUGGAGCGACCCAAACCGCCGCGCCGACGCAGGAAGCCGCGCGUGCUCUUCUCCCAGGCGCAGGUGUACGAGCUGGAGCGCCGCUUCAAGCAGCAACGGUACCUGUCCGCCCCGGAGAGAGACCACCUGGCCGGCGUGCUCAAACUCACCCCGACCCAGGUGAAGAUCUGGUUCCAGAACCGGAGGUACAAAUGCAAGCGGCAGCGGCAGGACCAGAGCCUGGAGAUGGUGUCCCUGCCGCCGGCCCGGAGGGUGUCGGUCCCCGUGCUGGUGCGGGACGGGAAGCCCUGCAUGGCGGACUCGGCCGCCUACAACCCCCCCUACAGCGUGGGCUCCAUCAACCACUUCCCCUACAACAACUACCCCACUGCCCUCAGCAGCUACCCCAGCCCCGGCUGCAGCACUAGCUACACCUACCCCGGGGCCAGCAUGCAGGGGCCCGCCGGUAACGGGAACUACAUGAACCUUGGGGACUUGAACAACGUCCAGAGCACGUUUUCUCCCGGUAACGGGAUGUCUUCGCUCCACGGCAUUAGGACAUGGUAAACAAAAACCCAACCACUCCUUUAGGAUUUAGGUCUGCAUGCUGGUGAUUGUCUUGUUUAUUUUCAGCACUAGAUGAUUUCUGUCAUUUAAACUUUGAUUGUGUCGUUUUUUUUCCUGCUAACGUGACAAUAAAAUAAUAAACAAGUUAAACCAG